UUUCGCGAAGCUCCGAGCAAACGACGGCGCGGAAUUUAUUAGACUUUUUGGGACCACGCGGGCGGGAAGCUGGAAGCGUCAGCCUAGCGCGGUCUCUCCAGCCGCCCAAGCCCCAACCUCCACACCCGCCAACCUUCGCGACUUGGUUGCCGCCUUUUCACCUCACCGCCCCCAAAAAAGCUUGCACAGCAACAGUGUGCAGACUCCAGCUGCAGCUUGUGCUGCAUGCGGAGCUUUGGCACGCACCUAGCCUGGUACAAGAGGAGGCAUCACAUCCGUCGUCGCAAUGGAGGUCGAGACGUGGGAUCAGGACUUUGAAGGCGGCUUUAAUGCCUUUGCCAACCACUCCGUCGGCACCGCGCAGACCAGCAUCUCAUCGCGCCUGAGCGUGCAUUCUGAGUCGGUCGCCGGGGCGGACGAAGACUGGAACCUGAUCAUCGACUCCAAUGAAGAGAAGAAGGCGAUUCAGUCCGCGCAGCAGGCGGGCAUUCCACUCCCCAGCAAUGUGCCCACGAGCGCGCUCCUGGGCGGCACCAUCAAAAGAUUAGGGAAGAAGAAGUCGAGACAGCGGGUGAAUGAUGAUUGGGACAACGACAUCGAGAUGCCGGAUACCGGCGCGUUACAACUGAAGCCGAGAACCACCCUCCCUCCCCCGAACCCUGCCCUCGAAGAAUACGAUGACUUUGACGAGCUGGAAGGCAGCCUGGGGAUCCGCUUUGCCGGACGCGACACACUGAACCGGAGCUCUUCCGUCUCAGCGAUGAGUCCGAGCCUUGGGUCGGUCACAGCAGAGAGCGAGGAUGAUCUGAAAGGCUUGGAGCUGCCGGAAGGGCAGAUGGAUUUCGAAGCCAUCCUCAUCAAGAAGAGGAAGACUGCUGAGGCCGAGCUCUCCGAUCUGUCCCAGCCGAGCCCGGCUAUCGAGCAACCCGCGACCAUGAACACCCAUAAAAAGUCCAGGCUACUGGCAGACGACAGCGAGGACUACCUGAACGACUUUGACCUGGGCGGCGGCGGCGUUCUUGAUGCUCGAACACGGACCAUGAACAAGAACAUCAAAAUUAAGAAUGAGAAGCCUGCUGCUCCCCCCCGAGGUCCUGUUGCAACAUACAACUUCCACGACAAGGCCAUUGAGAAGCCGCUACAACUCCGUGGCUCCCACAUCCCCCGGCCAGUGUCAGGCUCGAAGCCGGUCCAAUCCCGUUUGGAGCCAGUGUUUGAAACCGGUGCGUCUUCGGUCGUUCCUGGGCGAAGACAGCAACCCGCCACCAAUACGCAACGACUGCGAUCCAAGGGAUCCAUGCCAGCCCUGCGUAGCCAUCAACCAACAACGGUUUCGCUGCAAAAGCACCCCCUACCUCUACUGCCCUCACAAGGACUCCACAACCAUCCACCACUCCCCCCGCCUCAUCGAUCGCAGGCAUAUCAUCUACGUCGAGAGUCUGAUCCGAGGCGUGGAGCACAAUCCCCUCCGCCGCGGUCACUUUCGCGCCUGUCCAACGUCAACACCCCCGAUACUCCCUCCCGAGGGUCGAGGCAGCGCCCAGACCUUGCACCAAAGUCCUUGGUCCGGGAAGCAGCAGCCAAGCGCACCAUCACCAAGCCCGCCCGCCGACGAGACUGGGGCGAGGGCAAUGAGUUGGAGAUUUUCGACGAUCUGCCGACUUCGAUAGUGAAGGAGAGCAAGUUCAUCAAGCAGCCAGUGGCUCGUCCGCCGCCACCUCGACUCGGACUUCGCCAAACGCAAAGUCGUGGUGACAUACGCGAUUUUGCGAAGCGAAACGCGGCCAUACCCGAUCGAAUGGUGACACCCGCGCCCCCGCGAACGCCGGCCAGCCCGACCAAAGGCUUCUACGAUGCACCGAGCAACACGCCCAGCUAUCUUAGAGAUACUGCGGCGAGUAGAAUAGCGAGAGAGAGCAGGCUUGCGAAUACCGCACGGCCCAAGAGCGAAGGACCGCUUCAGCCCCUGACGACCAACUGGAAGGCUCAAGUUGCCGCUAGGAGCGCGCAUACCAGUCCCAGUGCCCAACGGCAGAAGACGAAGAGGGCGCAGCCGCAAUUGAUAAAGGCAAUCGGCGCGCAUCUUCCGAAAACUGAGAAGGGCAUGGUUUACAACCCCCAGACCCUACGCUGGGAAGGCAACGAAAACACCCUUCAACACUUCGACCUCCCUCCACCCCUCGAAACGCCAACCCCCACCAGCCACACACAACGCUCCUACAUGGACCGUCAGCACCAAUCCUCGCCUCCCCGCCCCGCCCUCAUCGCCCCCAUGUCCGGCACAGCAACGCAAGGCGUGCAAGUCAACGGCGGCAUGGUUUUCGACCCGCGGCAAAUGAAAUGGCUCAAACUCAAAGAAGGCCGCGACGUCAGCGGCCCGCUGUCCCCCUCCGUCACCGACGCGGCGGAAGAAGAAGACGCCUUCGCCGGCAUCGAGGACCUCAAGGACGACAACUUCCCCUCUCACGGUUUAGGCGGGGGCGCGGGCUCCGUGGGCCCUAGCAUGGCUUCUCCCGUUUCCCUUGCUGCUGCUGGCGCGGGCGAGAUUCACGAGGAGUUCGAUCUUGGCCCAAGGUUUAUUGAGACGCAGCAGGCUGAGGAGGCGAUUUGGCGGCGCAGGUGUGCGAAUUGGUUUGCGGAGGGGGGCGAGGAGGUUAGGGCGGAUGAUGGGCGGUGGAGGUGGGCGAUUCGCGAGAUGGUGCGGGCGGAUGGGUUUGGGGGGUUCUGAGCUCGAGUUCCUCUCGCUCUCUUGCGAAUCUGAGGGACGGGUAUCCUUAACACUGGCUGGAGGUGGGCGGACUUGGUCUGGAGAAUGGCUCGCGUUGGACCUGCUGAAAGGGCGCGCACCAUUCGCCCAUUUUAAUGAUGAUAUGAAUUGUGAUAGGACCGAAAGCGAGCGUUUUGUCAUCUGCAAUGUCAGCAACGAUUACUGUGUCAGCAUGGACCGAAACAUGAAGUGUAGAUCGCGGUCCACAAGGCUCGGUCUUGUGCUCUGAGCGACACGAUUCCCUGCAGCUUCUGUGUAGUCAAAUACAACCUGUCCAGCUCUGGUGUAGAGUCUCUUAUUGGUUUCGCUUGUUGUUAGUGGUCUACGCUCUCCCUCUUGGUUCGUGUGUGUUCUGAUCGAGACAUCUGCAUUCCUAACCUUCGACCAACUGAUUAAGUCAGAUCCAG